CGGCCGUGCGGCGACCGGCCGAUCUACACAACGCGUCCAACUCUCUUCUCCGGCGCAUCGGCCUUUCGUUCCGAGCCAAAUCGCAAGUCCGUACAGCGCGAGUAUUGUGCAUCGUCAGUGUGCUAAUCCGGCAAUCAGCGGGAGUGCAACGAGCCGAUUUCCCAGCUAGCAUAGCGCCAGAGCAGUUUCUUCGUUCGACAGUCGGCAGGAAGAUUGCCAAGACGAGCGCGAGCAAGCCCUACUCGGAUCUUAAUUUCGCGGACCUCAAUUUCCGAUAAGCGUCCCCCGCGAUGGCUGGCUUUUGGGAAUGGGACUACUCCAGUAAAAAUGGACCAAGCACGUGGGUGGAGAGAUUCCCGAUGGCGGCGGGCUCGCGCCAGUCGCCGGUCAACAUCGAGACGGAUCGCGUCGAGUCCGACCACGAGGCGCUGCUGAGCAAGCCCCUCCGAUGGAAGUACCCGGCGACGGCCUCGCGGCAGCUCGUCAACCCGGGCUACUGCUGGCGCAUCGACUGCGACGGCGACGGCACCCUCCUCACCGGAGGCCCCUUGAUGGACGACGUGUACAAGCUCGAGCAGUAUCACUGCCACUGGGGCUGCAGCGACUCGAGAGGCUCGGAGCACACUGUCGACGGAACUGCUUUCUCCGGCGAGCUGCAUCUCGUGCACUGGAACACCACCAAGUACAGGACGUUCGCCGAGGCAGCUAAGGCUCCCGAUGGACUUGCCGUGCUCGGGGUUUUCCUCAAGGUGGGAAAGCCGCACGAGGAGAUGGACAAGAUCGCUCGCUUGCUUCCGUACGUGUGCCACAAGGACGACAGCAUCGACAUAAACGAGCUGAUCGACCCGAGCCGCUUGCUUCCCGUGCGGGGUGGACGAGCCGGCAGCAGCACGAGGAGCGGCGGCCAGCGCUGCGCCAACCCCUGCAUGCGCUGGGCCGGUCGGAUUAUACGCCCGGAGAACAAGCCCGACAAGUGGCAAGACGACAACGGCUACUGGACGUAUCUUGGCUCGCUGACCACGCCGCCGUGCAACGAGAGCGUCACCUGGAUACUGUUCAAGCGCUACAUCGAGGUAUCUCACCACCAGCUCAACGUUUUCCGCAACCUACGCAAGUUCCCGCGGGGCGAGGAGUGCCCCUGCCACGAGAAUCACGGCGUCGUGAUCAACAACUUCCGGCCGCCGCUACCUCUUGGCAAUCGCGUGCUGCGGGAAUGCGGCAGCUUCUAAAUGGAAGAAGCCGCGCGAACACCAUCGAACACUGGAAAGAGGAACAUCUCAUUUGCCACAUUCUGCCGGCUAUCGCGGGGGAUUAUCGACGAGGGUGGCUUCAACAUCAGCCGAGACGAGGGGGAGGGAGGGGGGGGGGGGGAGACAAAGAAGCAACGAACCAAACAUUUCGGCCACAUCGAUCUACGUUCUAUCGACGCUCUGGAGAGUCGCUCGCGUCUUAUAUGCAAUCAAGCCAUAUAUAGAAAACUUAUAUAUUUAAACAACAACGUGCCUUUGAGUUCGAAGACGAUACACGCAACGAUUUUCAUACGACGCAUAUACAUUCACGUAACUUGCAUGCACGCGGAGAGGCGCGCCUAUUAUCCAAAGUGCAAUAUGCUUGCCCAAAACAAUACCAAAUUUUUCGACAAAUAUUUAUUAUUCUAAGAAUGCGCGUGAAAGAGAGACAAAGAUUUAUAAAUAUUUAUAUAUUGAAAAAAGAGUAUAUUUUUAGCGUUAAACGAGAAACAUACAGCUCUGGUCGCGCAGUGCGCCCCUUUUUUGUACUUUUCAUUCUCACCGAACGAAUUAUUCUGAUCUUAUAUUCGCACUGCUGUACAAUACUUGAAAAACAUUCAAAUUGAUACAUUGCACUCAAACGAGUAGACGACAAAAUCAAAGACCAGACUGCCACGAUUAAUUAUUAAAAAUUUUUGAUACUUAUGAAAGUAUGUCAAGUUCCGAUGAUUUCCAAUUCGCACCAUGUACAAAGGCAAAGCUUAUUCUUUGUCUUAAAUAGCGAGCAACUUACAACCAACCAGUUCUCUACGACACACGAACUCCACGAUCGUGCCUGGAUCGACGAAUGACACGAAAACCGCAAUCGGCGAGAUGAAGAGCAAAGCGUGCAAACGAAAAAAAAAAUGUUGAGUUACACAACUUCUUGAAAAGUAUAUGCAAGUCAUAAAGAUCUAUCAACAUUGCUAAGUUGUUAAGUGCGUGAGAAACUCGAUAUAUAAAGCAGAUUUAACACGCAUUAAAUUUGUAGCCAGUCGUACAUGUUUUGCGUGCGCGUAGAUGCUAGUUUUCUUUUUAGAAAAGUCUCGUUUGCACAGCGAUGAUCGUAAUAUCGUCUUGUUCCGGUGAUAAAUUGCUAUGUUUACCGUAAUUAUCUACGUCCUUCCAUGUUCAAUGCGAGUGAACUUAAGUUCAUACCUACGUAAAGUUAUUUUGUGCACGCUUAUAUAUUAAAAAAAAAUUGAAAUAUUAGAAAAUAUUUCAAGGAUUAAUGCACGUUAUCUAUUUUUUUGUAGAUCUGAUUAUUUUUAUAAGAAAUUUACAGGAUGGUUUUUGCGAAUGACGCUGGGGUCGUCAAUUGAAUAAUUUUGUGUUAAAAUUUUAAUUUAUGCUUGCUAUAUUACGAUCUGAUAUGCUUGUCCUACAUAUUCUAUAUGUUCAUGAUUUGCGCUGAUGUUCCUCGCUUGUCUAGAGGAUGUUUUGCAGUAUAAACACCAAGAUAUACUUGUAAUGUAGUUUGUGUAAAGUAAUCGUAUUUUUGCAUAUUGCAAUGCUUCAAACAUGUUUUCCCGUAGUUUGUAGAUACUGUUUGAAAAACAAAUUCGCGUUUUAGCGUCAGAGAGAAUUUUCGUGAGGCCUAUAAUUCAUGUAAUAUUUAUUAUAACAUAGAUCUUGAAAAAGAUUGCUUUAUUUUGAAGUUAUUUUGUUUUAAAGUAUUUCAUUUUUAAAUGAAAUGCUAUAGCACUUUUGAAAAGCAGAAGUUUUAUUCAAAGAAUUAAUUUGUUAUUUUCGUUUUAAUUUACAGUGGCUUAUUGCUCGUUGUUUUCUAUGAGUGAAUUUUGAAGUCAGUGAAAUUGUUAGUACCCUCAGUUGGUAUAGAAUAGAAGACUGCUGGUCGGCUUUGUAUUUGUGUCGAUUGUGAUAGUGUGAAAAAAUAAAGAAAUAAAAAUAUAAAAAUACAAUAG